AAACCCACCAACCUAGAGUUGCCGUUACAAACCACUAACUGGCUGGAUAUAAUAUGUCCCCCUCUUCGUUCCUUCUGCAAAUCUUUCCGCUACAAUCAUGGCCGAUGGGCAAGUCUUUAACUCGGGCAAUGUCUCUUUCAUGAGUAGUUACCUCCAGGCAAAGAAGGCCACGGAUGAAAAACCCGUCCAAAUUCUAUGGACCACUAUCCUGGGCACUUGGUUUCCGCCUUCCGGCCCUUACAAACUCGCCUUCAAGUCUUCGAGCCUCGCCAGUGUGGAAAAGGUCGAUGGAGUUGUGAUCGAAGUCCGGUUUCUCGGUACCGGUUCCAUCACAGACCCGGGUCAGAUUUUGGAGAAUCAAAUCUUCAUUGUGGAGUGCAAUGGCUCACAUAAGGAUACCCAUGACAGAUGGCACAAUGCUGCUGUACAACUCACCCAUUAUCUGGAGAACAACACCAACGGCACUGACCAACUGUUCGGGGCGAUAGCCAUUGGCACGAAGGUGGAGGUGUAUCAGUGGGAAUAUCACAAUGGGUCGUCACAUUUGCAUCGUAUACAUGAUGAUCAGUUGGAUCUCGGAAGCGCUCGGGACCGCUGUACAUUUGAAGCCGCCAUGGACAAUGCCCGGACUCAGGGUCGGAGGUCGGCAGUCAGAGAUGAUUCUAGAAAUGCUUAGGUCCUUUAACCCUUGUAUCUUAAUACAGGCAGCCUUUAGAGAUCUGUGUUGGGUUAGAUGUGCCGACUUGCCACCAAGCG